AUGGCUGAAGUGACCUAUGCAGAUCUGAAGUUCAUGACACUGGAGCAGCCCAGGAACCAGGAGCCCAAUGAAGCCAAAGUGAAAGAUGUGAGAGGAUCCAUUUAUUUGUCGAUUCCCUUCCUUUUCUUUAUCUCAGAAUCUCCCACUCCAUCUCCUUAUUGGCGACUUGCAGCAGUGAUUCUUGGGAUCUUCUGCUUGGGUUUGCUGGUAACAGCUGGGGUCCUGAGUGUGAAGUUUCUGUCUGGCUAUGGAGGGGAUAUGAUUCAGAGCUUUGCUUAUGUUUCCAUACAGGAUUUCAUAAUAAGAUCAGCACAGUCUUAUAGUUCCUAUUCUUUCUGGAUUGCCUUAUCUCGCAAAUAUGCUGAUGGGUCCUGGUUAUGGGAGGAUGGCACAGCUUUCUCCACUGACCUGUUUCGUAUCCCAGAAGCUAGUUCCAGUCUUUACCAGAUCUGUGUGUCAAUUCAAGGUGCAAAUGUUCACGCUGCAGAGUGUGGGUCAUACAAGUUCUGCAUUUGUGAGAAAGUGGCUAAUCCAGUGGGUACUGCCUAACUGAGCUAAUCAGACAGACAGGGGGUGCCGAUCUCCAGAGAAAGACACAUCCUGAGAUGCUGCUCUAUGGAGUCGUCUCUACCACUGGGGUUUGUGACAAAGAAAAGACAGGUGCGCAAUCUGAGCUCACUUGUCAAGGUUAAUUUUAGGGAUCACCAAAGUUGUACUUUAUUGUGUUCUGGCACACACUAGCCAGUCCUUUAGAUUCACCCUUGAGCAUUCCUCCAGCAGCUCCUUUCCAGUUCUUCUUCACUCAAUGGUACUGGCAACCCUCACACUCUCCUGUUUCUCAAUGAGCCUCACCAGACUUUAGUCUCAACACCUACCCUUUGCUGAUGCCUGCUCGGAGAAGGAGGGAUAGCCUGAGUAACUGAUGUAAACAUAUUACAAAAUAAGAUAGAAUACAACAGGGAAAGCUGUAGCAAGGAGGAGGGAUAGCUCAGUGGUUUGAGCAUUAGCCUGCUAAACCCCAGGUUGUGAGUUCAAUCGUCGAGGGGGGCAUUUAGGAAUCUGGGGCAAAAAUUGGGGAUUAGUCCUGCUUUGAGCAAGCAGGGGGUUGGACUAGAUGACCUCCUGAGAUCUCUUCCAACCCUGGUAUGCUAUAUGCAGAGAACCUGAAACUGAGAAGGUCCCCCAGUGCUCCCUGCUGAUACACCAAAGGAUCAGUUUGUAAGAGGCCCAGUCAACUUCUGUAGAGUGCAAGCUUUCAUUUGAAACAAAACUAAGGAAGAGAUUUUCCAAGUGAAGUAACCUCAGUGAGAGCAGAGU